AUGGAAGCCAACCAGCGAGACAAGCUUGCCAAAAUCAUGGAAGUGAUGGGGAAGUUUGGCCCAUUCCAGCGAAGGCUGGUAGCCCUAACCUUCCUUCCCCAAAUGCUGGGGGUUUUGUUUGUGUAUGCUGACCUCUUUGUGUCUGGAGAACAGAAGGCCUAUUGCAAUACCAGCUGGAUCCUGGACGUGGGCCCUAACCUGUCAAUGGCUGAGCAGCUGAACCUGACCCUGCCCCGGUACAAAAAUGGCAGCUUCAUGACAUGCCGCAUGUUCCUGCCUGUGACCUGGGAUCUGGAUUCCAUCAUCAAGUUUGGCCUCAACUACACACAGCCGUGCAGCCAGGGGUUUGUCUACCCUGAGAGCAAGACUCGAUCAAUAAUCAAUGAGUUUGAUCUGGUGUGUGGUGAGGACUUUUCCCCGGAAGCCGCGCAGUCCAUGUUCCUGACAGGCCUCCUGACAGGGGCACUCAUCUUUGGCUUCAUAGGUGACAAGGUUGGCCGCUACCCCUGCAUACUGCUGUCGAACUUGGGCAUAAUCAUCUUUGGCUUUGGGACAAGCUUCGUCACCAGCAUUAACCAGUAUCUGUUUUUCCGCUUUGGGUUGUCCCACUCCCUGGUCGGCUACGCCAUCAGCAGCAUGGCUCUAAAUGUUGAGUGGGUAGUGGGCGAGCAUCGGGCCCACUCCAUCAUCCUGAGCCAGAGCUUUUAUUCUCUGGGGUACAUGUUCCUGAUUGGGCUUGGCUACACCCUUCCCCACUGGCGGUUGGUGUUUGUGUUUGGCACAGCCCCUGUGUUAUUCCUCGUCUCCUUUAUCUGGAUUCUCCCAGAGUCUCCUCGGUGGCUGUUGGUGAAGGGGAAUGUGGAGGAAGCCAAGCAGGUACUGCUCUCUGCCGCUGAAAGGAACCAGAGGACCAUUCCUUUACCUCUGUUGGACAAGCUACAGGUGCCUGGAAAGAAGGUGACUAAUGCCUCAAUCCUGGACUUCUAUAGCAACAGUCAACUGCGCAAGGUGAUCUUGGUGAUGGUCUUUGUGUGGUUUACUGUUGGUCACAGCUAUUCUACGCUGAACUUGAAGAUGGAAGCUUUUGGUUUGAAUGAACAGUUGAGCAAGAUGAUUCCUGGCAUGUUGGAGAUGCCCGCACGGCUGUGUGGCAUCUGUUUGUUCGAGCAUUUUGGGAGGAAGUGGUCUAUGGCAGGGGCUCUCUUCCAAGGCUGCUUCAUGAACUUCCUUAUCACUUUCAUCCCCUCAGGUACAGCAUCCCUCCUGCUCCCCAUGCCUUCUGCCAAAUCCCUCCCUUGUGCCUCCUGCCCUGGGCCCCAGUACCAGGGAGCACUGCCCUCCCUGGGUGGUGGGGUCCCCAAGACCAGGCACCCAUAG